CAUGAACAAGUAUGGUUCUUCACUGUGGACAAGGUCGGCAAACCCCUGGGGCGGCAAGCAACGACAGCUACGACGACGAAAACAACAACUACAUCCCUGUCCGCAAGGAACAGCUCAACUACCGCUAUGAGGUGCAGAAGAUGAUCGGCGAGGGAGGCCAGGGCCUGGUGCUGCAGUGCCGCGACCACAAAACCAAAACGCUCGUGGCCGUCAAGAUGCUGUCGCUGCCCUUGUGCUCCUCGACAGCGGCCCGCCAGAGGACGGAGCUGGAGGUGGCCAAAAAGCUGCAGGGCAGGGCCAGCGAUGAGCGCUAUGGAGUCAUCCGGGUCCUGGACACGUUCGAAUUCCGCGGCCACAAUUGCCUCGUCGUCGAGCUCUUGAAGAAGAGCCUCUACGAUGUCAUGAGCAAAGGGAGCAUCAGGCGAAUCUACGUGAGGCGGUUGAGGGAGUACACCAGGGCCAUCCUCAACUUCCUGUUGUACGCCAAGGGGCGGGGCAUCAUCCACGGGGACAUCAAGCCGGUGAGCGGAGCGGGCGCGGUGGUCGCGCCCUCUCGUCGGGGCGCUCGGUUAGCUGGCGCGGAGGCAGCCCGGCCACUGUUGAUCGCGGGGUCGAAUGCGGUGGCUCCUGUCCAUCUGGAGGGAGGUGGUGGUAGUGGUGGUGGUGGGGUCACUUUACCUCCGGUGAAGACGAUCUGGGACGAGGUGGACACUCAGAUGGCCACCGGCAAGGAUCUCUUUGAUUCACGAAUCUUCAUAGAACACCUGCCCUACUGCAUCGAGAUCCUGGGCAUGCCCCCGAAAAAGAUGGUGGACGAAGCACCUAACAAGACAACUUACUUUGACCCUGAGGGCCUCCCCUACAACCUGUCCAAGCAGGUGCCACCGGGAAGCCUUCCUCUGCACCGCGCGCUGCAGGGCCACCACCCUCAGCUGGUGGACUUCAUGGGAUCCGAAUCUCCGGAUGACGCCUGA